AUGGAUCAAGACAAACCAACUUAUAUAACUGCUUUCAAUCCGGCAGCAACAUCAAAAGAUGCUCAUCAUAUUUUGCUUUUUGGAUGUACAGAACCAGGUAGUCAUCAAAAGAUUUGGAAUUGUGGUGAAAUGGCCAUUUCAGAUGGUCAUUCUGUAAAAAGUUAUGAAUAUGCACCAACAUGUGCUUCGGGUUCAACUAUUAUUUAUGCUUGGGCUUUAGAUGCUGACAAAACUGAAUUACCAGAAGACGUUGCUUUUAAAGUUGGUGGUUCAACAUCUAUAAAAUAUCUCGUAUUACAAGUUCAUUAUGCUAAUCUAGACAAGUUCAAAGCUGGUGGAACUGAUCGUUCAGGUUUAAUUCUCACAAAAUCACCUGUACCAUUGCCAAAGAGAGCCGGUGUAAUGCUAUUAGAAACUGAUGGUGCCAUUGCACCUUAUUCACUUGAAGCAUUUGAAGUAGCUUGUGGAAUUGAACAAGAUAUUGUGAUGCAUCCAUUUGCUUUUCGUACUCACGCUCAUAAACUUGGUCUUGUGAAUUCUGGAUAUCGAGUACGUGGUGAAGGUGAUGAUCAAGAAUGGACAGAAAUUGGUCGACGAUCACCUCAAUUACCACAAAUGUUUUAUCCAACUCAAAGUGAUGUUACAAUUAAACAAGGCGAUCGUGUUGCUGCAGCUUGUACAAUGUUUAAUUAUCAAUCACAUGCUGUUAAAAUUGGUGCAACCGGAAACGAUGAAAUGUGCAAUUUUUAUAUGAUGUAUUGGGUUGAUGGUGAUGAGAUAUUAGAAAAUGAUGUUUGUACAAGUCCCGGACCUCCACAAUAUUAUUUUGGAUAUGAUCGACAUGUAAAUGUGGAUAAAAUUCCUGAAAAUGCAUUCCGUAUUCCACCACCACCCAAUGGUCCAGCUCCUGGUGAACCUUUACAAGGUGGUCAUCAUCACAUGACAACGCAACAUAAAGCAAAUCCACGUAAACGACAAAAUCGUUUUAAUUAUGUUUUUUAG